CAGGUACCAACCGUCAGUCCACAUGGACAGGGCAGUGGUCACGUGAUGUGACAAAUAAUGUGACACGGCUGCAGCUCAACAAAAUGGCCGCCGGCACAAGAUGGCGAUCGAGGCGACUCGGCGCCAUCUUAUUCGCGAUACUGAUACAAGUUGUUAAUGGAUAUGAAGAAAUGUACACAAUAUCCCAGCUAUCACCAAAAUCGGCUGCAAAAAACCUCCCCCCUGAUGUCGUAUUACAGACGAGUCGGACUGAAAACGUAGUGUUUAGAAUAGAACCCAGCCUUAUGGUGGAUGAAGACUUAGAACCGGAUACCAUAUUCAACAACGAAGAAAGAGAAGACCAUGUUAUAGUGGCCAGAUCUGCCGAUCCUGAUAGAGAAUCCAGAUCUAUCAAUAUAGAUGAUAUACCAUCGUCUAACAACGAAAUUGAUAAUCACAUAGAACUGCACAACAAAAGAAAGUACUACGAAAUCAGACCAACAAAAACCCUGGAUUAUUUACGGAGUAGUGACGAUGAGAUUUUUAUGUCCUCGGGAUUCGGGGACAGAUUAGAAUUCAGGUUUCCGGGGGAAGGGAAAAGGGUCCCGGUAGCGAGGGCACUGACGCUCCCGGGGCCCCGAGUCCGGCCUACUGCAGUGCAGCCGAUCUUUGCGACAGCCAACCUUAACCAGGGCCGUCAGAACACAGAGAUACAGAACAUAAUCACAGGUAUAGUCAAGCUUUUAAACGGCAACGUCAACGUCCAAGCUAAUUCACAACUUCUUAAUGGACGACCUGGCAGACCGAUGGCUUCUAGAAUCAACAACCGAGGUCCUCCAAGGAUAUCUGAUCUGCCUCCACUAGACUUCGACCUUCCAGUCACACCACCUGUUCAUGCUUAUCAGCCAACCAAAACUCCUCCGCCAUACCCGUUCGACAGACCUCCUUAUCAUGGUGUCAAUUUACCUGAGCAAAUUGUACCACCACUGACUCACAGGCCAGGAUUCCACAGGCCGAUGCCUCCGUGGCAGCGGCCUAGGCCAAGGCCUCCUGCCAGGCCAAAUAGACCUGGCCUGCCUAUGUACAAACCUCUACCACCGCUCCCUGCUGAUCUUCCAGACUUAGAAGAUAAGAAGCCAGAGGAAGAGAUAACCGUAAGCGAAAACGAAACUAGUCAUUCAGAGAAUAACAUACAUCACGAUGAUAAAGAGACUGUGCCUUUAUUGAACUUACCAGAGAACAACAGCACUGAGACUGAAGAUGAAUCAGAAUUGGAAGUAGAAGAAGAAGAACUAACAACUACACCAGGAACCACAUCAUCAACAUCAACAACAACAACUACAACAACUGAAUCUACUACAAGCACAACCACAACUACAACGGAAAAGCCAACAACAAAAACGACGACAACAGAAAAAACUACUGAAAAGCUAACAACACCGGUAACAACAGAACAAACGACAACCUCUAGUACGACAACAGAGAAACCUAAAACAGAGAAGCUAACAAAACCAGAGAAAGACAAAAAGAAAGAGACAAUUACUGAAAAGGAUAAAAUAAACAAAGAUAAAUACAAAAUUGUUGAUGACAAACCAGCUAAGCCAGUCAGAAAUGAGACCAUAGAUCAGCCUAUUAUAGAGUCUUCGUUAGUGGAGAUCAAAACUACUUCCACGUCAUCUUUGGAAGCUCCUACUCCUACCGAGGGUCUGAUAAGUCAUUCUCCUACUCCAAGCAACUCGGCGAGCUCGGUGGAUAUUGUCAAGACGUCUUCUAUCAACUCCCAGCCAUUGCCAUCUUCCCAAGGCAUCCCCUACCAUCCAUACCGGCCUCGUCCUGGCAUAGUGCUGGACGACACAGACUUCAAGCCUCACGGGUCCAGACUCAGACCUUCAGAAGUGUCCGUCAUUACUGCCCCGGAGACCAGGCUACCUCCGGGGUAUGGGGAGAUAUUCGACGUGACGCUGACUGCUAUACAGGGGCCGGGAGAGAAAGGAGCCACGGUCCACAUCGAGAACGUGCACCCAAUAUCAGGGCACGAAGACGAUGACGUCAUUUUCUCAGCGUCAGGAGACCAGGGCUUCGUGUCCAUCGACGGCAAGAAGACAUACCUCAACCUGUUCGACAGCUCCACCGUGGGAGUCAGCGUCAGACCCACUAGGGUGCAGACCGCGCCGCAACAUUCUGCUCCACCACCAUUACCACCGCCGCCGCUCGGCCAAGGCGUAGGCACGGGAGUGGCGAUACCAGCCGACGAUAUACCGCUCCCCCCACCACCGCCAAGGAGGCCUACCCCCCCUCAUAGACCGCAGCAGCCGUAUAGAAGACCGCAGCCCACCGUCAGAAUCGACACGUGCAUCGUUGGAGACGACUCCACCUGCGACCAAGCGCAGAACGAGAAGUGCAGGACUGAAGCAGGCAUAUCCAGCUGCCAGUGCCGGCCGGGCUACGCGCGGCGCGUGCAGCGUGACCCGUGCCGCCGUGUCGUGGCCCUGCUCCUCAACCUCAGGGUCGACAAGUUCUACGAGAGGAAGGUUGCCUGGGAUGCGAAGCUAGCAGACAAAGACUCGGAACCGUAUCAACUUCUCAGCUAUGAAGCGUUGAAAGCAAUCGACUCAGCCUUCUCAAUGACUCCAUUCUCCGAUGACUUCGUGAGUGGCUCCGUGAACUCCAUCCACAAGGGCGACGAGAACAACCAGGGGGUGUUCGUUAACUACACCAUUUUGAUGCAAGAAACCCCGGAGACUCUCCGGCCGGCGGUAGCAACAGACGUACAGAAGCACCUGCUGGGCGUGAUCCGGCGCCGCUCCAACAACGUCGGCGCCUCCAAGCUGUUCGUGGACUCGCCCGCCGGCAGCGUGCUGCCUCUCACAGACGUGGACGAGUGUGCUUCUCCAGAGCUGAAUGAUUGUCACGAGCUGGCCACCUGCACUAAUACUUUCGGAGGAUUUAGAUGCGCAUGUCCCGACACGACGCUAGACGAGUCAGCGGGCGUCGCGCACCGCGCCGGCCGAUUCUGCCGCGCCUGCGCCGCUUCUCAUUGCAACGAGCGCGGCGUCUGCAAAUACAGCAACAACCAGCCUUAUUGCAGCUGUUCGUCUGGAUACUACGGUUCCACGUGUGAGGUUGACGGCGAAGUGGUAGGCGUGGCAGUGGGGGCUUCCCUCGCUGCUGCCCUUGUGAUCGCGCUGACACUCGCUGCCUUGCUGUCUUGGAGCCGCAAGUGGUCCCGCGAGCAGAAGGCCAUGGGCAUGGGGUCGCCGGUGUUCAACUACAUGGCGGCCAACACCAUCAAGACGCCGCCGGUCGGCCAGCCGCCCUACCAGGUGACAUUGGAAGAAAGGAUGAGGUGGGCGCAGAUAGCAGAAGCUAUGGCGCAAGCGCAGGCCAACCACUAUGCGACGGAAGCUCAGACGAUGGCGACGAGGCCGUCAUCAGCCCUUUUCGGAGGGUACCCUACGCUACCACCGGUCCCUAUGCCCAGGAUGGGUCUACACGGCAGCCACCACACUGGAACAUUGAACACGGUGGCUUCACGGGCUAAUACAGCUGCAUCUCAACACAAUUUGUAUGGCUACACCAACCACAUGGCGACGGAGUCCACCAGCUCGGAAGCGUCCAGCCACGUGCAGGAACGAGCGGAUCUUCUCGUGCCGCGGCCCAAGUCCAGAGCUAGGAGUAUGCACAACCAAACAGGGAUAUACUACGACGUAGAGUAUGAGAACGCGCCAGAAGCGAUAUACGGGACGAAGGGCAUUCCUCUCUCUACCUACACCGUGAGUAGGGGGCCUCCCUUCUACAGAUAGAGGUAUUUGUAGGUAAAACUGCCUAAGUAUACGUAAGGAAAAAAUACUUGAAUGAAAGUACUGGCCUUUUCAAGAUGAAAAAAAUUAUAAAACACAUGAUGAGAAGCCCGUCAAUUUGAGGCCCUUCUUUCUGCAGCAAGUUUAUUGUAAGUAUAUUGGCCUUAAAAGAAAAAUAUUUAAAAACCUCAUUUAAAAUAGACCAGUAUGCUUACAAAAACUAUUAUUGGACGAAAAUGAAGGUAAAUUAGAGGAAAUCCUAUGAUUUUUCACUAGUAUAUUUUGAAAAAAAAAAUGUAGAAAAGAAAUUUAAUGUGAAUCUGGUACUGAA